AUGUCAGCCGCAGUCAUGGAAAAAUAUCUCUUCAAUUUGAAAUUUGCUGUAAAAGAAUUGGCGCGGAACUCAAAAAGAUGUGAAAAAGAAGAAAUCGCGGAAAAAGCAAAAACAAAGAAAGCAAUUCAAAAAGGCAAUAUGGAAGGAGCAAGAAUACAUGCUGAGAAUGCAAUUCGUCAAAAAAAUCAAGCAUUGAAUUAUCUUCGCAUGAGUGCCAGAGUGGAUGCCGUUGCUGUUCGAGUCCAAACUGCCUUAACUACUAGAAGGGUUACUCAUUCUAUGGCUGGUGUUGUAAGAGCUAUGGAUGCAGCAAUGAAGGGUAUGAAUUUGGAAAAGAUCUCUUAUCUAAUGGAUAAAUUUGAAUCUCAAUUCGAAGAUUUGGAUGUACAAACUAGUUACAUGGAAAAUGCUAUGCAUACCACAACAACAACCACGGUUCCUCAAGGUGAUGUUGACCAACUUAUGCAACAAGUAGCUGAUGAGGCAGGCCUUGAACUAAAUAUGGAACUACCUCAAGGAAUAAGCUCAACUGCAAUGGGUGCAUCCACACAAGCUUCGCAGGAGCAAGAAGAAUUGAAUCAAAGAUUGGCUAAGCUCAGACAAACAAAAUAA